UUCCAAUCGAUGUGGGAUGAAUGAAUCUAUUGAAAUGUUUUCCCCUUUGUACUACUAGUCUACUGCCGUAUCUUAGUGUGCAGAAAACAAAACCAAGUUCUUCUUUACUUGUCGCAGAACAGAGAAGAGCUUUGCGGCGGCACUUCAAGAGAGAUAUCCUCCAACAGAAGGCAUUCUUGUGCUUCCGCGUUGUUGAUUACACAUAUAUGGCAUUCUCAAUCUCUUCGAUACAGGGUCUUGGCGGCUAUGAUUUGAAAUUGCAUCUGAGCUGUGAUUUAACAGAGGAGCUCUGGGAGAACAUCUUGUGGGGGCACUUAGAGAUUUUCUCCAACCGAAGGCGUUCUUGUGCUUCUGCUGUGUUGAUUACAGAUAUGGCAGCCUCUACAUCUUCAAUAGAGGGUCUCGGCGGCUGUGAUUUGAAGUUCAACUGUUGCAUAAGCAGGUGAUGGAUUUUCUUGGUCACCAUAGCC